AUAUACUUUCGUGCCUUCUUCCUCAUCUUCUUUGGUAUUUUCUUGUCAUUUGGCAUAACCAAAGAGUCAAGCACAUUCAAACAUUCUCAAGCCCUAAAUCCCAAAAGAAACUUAUAUGCUCUUGUUCUUGUUCUCCCUCUACAAACUAAACCCUAAUUAACUAUCUAUUUUGUUUGUAUACUGUUCUAAAUCUCCUGACCACCUUCUUGUUUUCUUGCAAAGUUUUAUAAAAACAAAAAAAAACAAAACCCAGUUCUUGUUCUCUAGCUCUGCUUUACAUCAAAAACAGAAAUAUGCAGAUGAUUCCAGGAGAUCCAUUUUCUAUUUCAUCUUCCAUGGGAGGGUUUGUCCAUCAAGAACAGCAUCUUCAUCAUCUUCAGCAGCAUAUCCAGGACAUAAACCCUAAUUCUAACCCUAACCCUAAUGCUAAACCAAACUCUUCAUCAGCUAAGAAGAAGAGAAAUCAGCCUGGCACCCCAGAUCCAGAUGCGGAUGUCAUCGCUCUAUCGCCAACCACCCUCAUGGCAACAAACAGAUUCGUGUGCGAGAUCUGCAACAAAGGAUUUCAAAGGGACCAGAACCUACAACUCCAUCGCCGUGGCCACAACCUUCCAUGGAAGCUGAAGCAACGGUCCAACAAAGAGGUGAUAAAGAAGAAAGUAUACAUAUGUCCUAUCAAGACUUGUGUUCACCAUGAUUCUGCUAGGGCCCUUGGAGACCUCACUGGAAUCAAGAAACACUAUAGCCGCAAGCACGGCGAAAAGAAGUUUAAGUGCGAAAAGUGUUCUAAGAAAUAUGCUGUUCAAUCUGAUUGGAAGGCGCACGCGAAAACUUGUGGCACUCGUGAGUAUAAGUGCGACUGUGGCACGUUGUUCUCCAGGAAAGAUAGUUUCAUUACGCAUAGAGCGUUCUGCGAUGCAUUGACAGAAGAAGGUGCAAGGAUGAGUUCACUUAGUAAUAAUUCAGCGAUCUCUACAACAACGAUGACGACGAAUCUUAAUUUUGGAAAUGAUUCACAUGUUAUGAAUAAUCCAAAUCUUCCACAUGGAUUUGUCCACCGAGGAGUUCAUCAUCCCGACAUUAAUGCUGCUAUCUCUCAGUUCGGUUUAGGGUUCGGAAAUGACCUAACUGGAAUGCAUCCGCAAGGUUUAUCCGAGAUGGUACAAAUGACCUCCUCUGGGAACCACCAUCUCUUUCCAUUGUCUUCAUCAUCAGUCCUCCCUGACUUCUCCGGCCACCACCACAACCAACAAUUCCAAAUUCCCACUAGUUCCACAAACCCUAAUUUUACCUUUUCAUCAUCCUCAAUAUCACAACAAACCUCAGCUUCACUACCAUCACUACAGCAACAACACCAAACUCCGAAAGACUCUUCUUUCUCCCCACUCUUCUCAUCCUCCUGCGAAACCAAACAAAACAAGCCUCUCUCCCCAAUGUCUGCCACUGCUCUCUUACAAAAAGCUGCACAAAUGGGAUCCACUAGAAGCAACUCCACCACGGCUCCAUCCAUCUUCGCCGGCCCAACAAUGACGUCAUCCUCAUCCGCCGCCUCUCAUCCUCCUCCUCGAUCAUCUUCUCCAAUGAUGAUCCAACAACAACUCAACAACAACUUCAACACCAUUGUCCCAAGAGAUACCCAUAAUCUUGCUCCUCCCACCACGAGUAGUGUUGAAAAUAACUAUCGAUUUCAAUCAAACCGGUCAAGCACAAACCCGGUUCAGCAAAUGGGUUUAACCCGGGAUUUUCUUGGAGUGAGCAACGAGCACCACCCUCACCAAACUGCUCACCGUCCGUUUUUGCCUCAGGAACUUGCAAGAUUUGCUCCAUCGUCGGGUUGAUCGAUUGACUGAUUUUAUUAGAUUUGAUCACUAGAGAGAUGGUGGGACAAUUUUUGGGGUUUAGGACUGGAAGUUUCUUUGAGGAGACAAGUCUAAGAAUCACUUUUACCAAAAAAAAAAAAAAAGGUCUAAGAAUCAUACCCCCUUGUGAAGCUGUCGGAAUGUAGGGACAAAGGUUGACAAGGCAUUGUCAUACAUUACAUGUUAUGUACUUUUUAAUAUGUUCAUGAUGAUCAUCAUAUAUCUAUACCAUGACAUGCAUGGGUUUUGUAUUUCGCAAUAUUGUCGUUUUGUAAAUGUUAUCUGUUUUCGUUAUUACAAUUA